AUGAAACGCGAGUAUAUCCCGAUCGAAUCCCUGCCAGCCUGGCAGCGGCUCAGUGGGGUCGUCGUCCAAGGCAUAGAAGUCCACAAGAUUGGAUCUGAUGAACAUGGCGCAGACAAAGGCAGUGCGCUCAUCGCAACAGAAGCCCAGACAAGCAGCGAGAACGACGCAAACCCCAAGAUCCUGCUACAAAUCCCCCCGGAAUUAGUUCUCUCCCUGGAAACAGUCCAUAACCAUGCCAAAACCGACAGGUAUUUGCGUGAUGUGUUGGAGGCAAUCGGCGACUUUGGAAGGACAGCCAGAGGAGCAAUCCUCAUAUUUUUGCUCAUUCAACUGUCCCAUACCAGCCCAGAUCUGCGCUCAGGACACGAGACCAUCGGUGUCUCCAAUCCCUGGACUGAAUACGUGAAGUUCUUGCCUCCGUCGUUCCCGCUGCCUACCUUCUACACCAGCGAGGAAAAGGAGCUCCUCCGCGGCACGUCGCUGGCCGAAGCUCUCGAUGCAAAGCUUACUUCUCUCGAGCGGGAGUUUGAACAGCUCCGCGAGGCUACGGAGGGUAUUGCGUGGUGCCAGCGGAGCUGGUGGGAUGAGGAGACCGGCGCGCUGAACAUUGAUGAUUGGAAAUAUGUCGAUGCUGCUUAUCGGUCGCGCAUGCUGGAGCUACCCGGCAGUGGCCUGGCGAUGGUGCCUUGUGUUGAUAUGGCCAAUCAUGUCUCCGAUGAUGGGGUCAAGGCGCUAUACGAUGUAGACUCGGAGGGGAAUGCCGUUCUCCAGUUGCGAUGGGGCAAGAGCCUUCAGCCUGGAGAAGAGGUUACGAUUUCGUACGGGGAUGAAAAGCCCGCGUCUGAGAUGAUAUUUUCCUACGGGUUUUUGGAAAGCGGCACGACGGAAGCACGGGGGAUUGUUCUCAGUUUGGAUAUCCCAGCGGAUGACCCUCUGAGCCUCGCAAAGAAGAUGUUCUGCCGGGAGAAUCCGGGCCUACGAAUAUCGGCCGUUGAGGGCUCUGAAGAGGUGACCUGGGAGAGUGGGCUUGCGUGGAUGGCAUGCGUGAACGAGGAAGACGGGCUUCACUUUGGGAUCGCACAGACAACUGACGGCGGCCAGGAGUUAGAAACGACCUGGAAAGGCGAGAAGAUCGAAUCAGCGAGCCGUCUCCGCGAGCUACUUACUGUUGAUCCUCUGUGGGAUAUUUUCCAGCUUCGUGCUGUGGUGCUGCUGCUCGAACGGCUCGAGACCCAGCUCGCUCUGCUUCAGGAGAUGGAGGAGAUCAUCACGAAUUUACGAGAGGACGAGGCAGAUUUGGAUUUAUUGUUCCGACCUGGAAUCUUUGCCUCGAUUGCCCAGUUCCGGACCUUGGAAGGGGAGCUGCUGGAGAGGGCUGUUGAGGGAUUAAUAAAACAGAGAACUGAGCUACUGGCUUCUCAAACGGUGGCCGAUUAUUUCAAAGCACAAACAGGGGAGCCGGACGAACCCGAAGACUUUUCAUGA